AUAAUUUAAUUUAAUUUUGUUCACAGUUUGUCAGGAGGAGAGCUUUUUGAGCGUAUUACAGCUGAAGGUUAUUCUAUGUCAGAGGCUGAAGUAAUCAACUACAUGCGCCAGAUAUGCGAGGGAGUCAAACACAUGCACGAGAAGAACAUAAUUCAUCUGGACAUCAAGCCUGAAAAUAUCAUGUGCCAGACAAGAAACAGUACAAAUGUGAAGUUGAUAGACUUUGGGCUUGCAACAAAAUUGGAUCCCAAUGAGGUUGUCAAGAUUUCUACAGGGACAGCUGAGUUUGCUGCCCCAGAGAUUGUGGAGAGAGAACCAGUGGGUUUCUACACUGAUAUGUGGGCAGUUGGUGUUUUGGCUUAUGUCUUGUAAGUACAGUCACAUACCUGU